UCCCUUUUGUUCGUUUUCAAUCCAACUGAGCAUCCAAAGAAAAUGAAGAAGUCGAGGAGGAGGAAAGGAUAACUGGAGAGAUAAAUAAUGGCUGAAUUUGAAAAAGAGGUUGCUGUCCUGGUUCAAAGAGUUGUAAGGGAUAUCUCAAAUGCAUUUAAGAAAAACCCAAAUAUUGAUGAAAUCGGCAUCAUUCCUUGUCCAGAACCACGCUACAACCGCAGCCCUAUUGUGUUGAUUGAGACCAAGCUGGGCUUGGAGAGUUGGUGUGUGAAGUUCCUGCUCCCUUCCCUUCACAGAAAACUGCUUCUCUACCGACAGCGCAAGAACUAUCUGGAUAGAGAAGCCCUCGUGGAUGUCACUGUCACACUUCUGUUACUCAACCCAGAUUUUACAACUGCAUGGAAUAUCAGAAAGGAGCUGCUCCAAUGUGGUUUACUUAACCCAGAGAAGGACCUCUACCUUGGCAAGCUUGCCCUUACAAGGUUUCCAAAGAGCCCUGAGACAUGGAUUCACAGACGCUGGGUGAUACUGCAGUUCCUUCAGCAGUGUUGUGCACAAAAGGGCUGUAGGAAGGAGCAGUGUGAGGGCUAUCUGUGCCAUACUGAAGCCAUGGGAAGCAGCCAAAACCUUUGCACGCAUCAAGCAAAACUCCUUCACCAAGAGAUGAGCGUGUGUUCUGAGGCAGCCGGCCGCUACCCCAGCAAUUAUAAUGCCUGGUCCCAUCGUAUCUGGGUGCUGCAGCACAUAGCAAAAGACAACGUUGAGGUUUUCCUCGAGGAGUUCUCCUCCAUGCGUCGAUGGGUUUCUAUGCACGUCUCAGACCACAGCGGCUUCCACUAUCGGCAGUUCCUGCUUCAGGCACUUUUAACGGAGCUCUGCAAAGCCCCCCACAUGUCCACCGCAGGUACCACUCUCUAUCAACAAGGCACUACAACGACCAGCCCGAGUGCCCGCCUCACGGAAACCAGGGCGGCAUUCGGGUUGGACCCAUCCGGUACAGAGAGGCAGCUGGGCGGCGGGACGAUAGCACAGCUGUUUGACCUGGAGAUGGAGUUCUGUUCAGAGCUCAUCCACUCCUACCCCGGCCAUGAGGCUCUUUGGUGUCACAGGAGGCAGGUGGUCUUUUUGUGGCACAAAUGGAGACGGGACCAUCCACAUUUCCCCUGCAACACCAAUGAAGGCAAUGGGUUACAUUUGAGUAUUUCGAAGGAUAAUGGACAGGCGUUCAGCAGCGUUGAAGGGAGCAUCAACGGACUGCCGUGUGGUGAUGCCAUGGAGGUAGACGGGCCACCAGACCCAUGCAAUGCCAAGCAACUCAAGGGAGGUCCUCUGAUGUCCGGCUCUCUGGCCCUCACAGCUGAGCACAGCUUUGUUUCCAUUCUACUUGAUGACUGUGGCCACUCGGAGCAGAGACGCUUUGCCCUCGCAUACAGGAAGUGGUUGGGUAAUAUCAGUCGUCAGUAGUCUUGAAAAACAGUUAACACCGACCCCUCCAGGUUCUUUAAGAUAUAUCUUUAGACACAGAUUAAAUGUACUCUAUACUUUGGUGCUUCCCUCUUUCCAUAUGAUGAUAAAUAAAGGGAUGACCCUAAAUAGGUAUUUUCUUUGAUAUUUCUAGUCGAAGGUGCCUGUCACUUUCCCACCAUAACACCGUACUGGAACCUAUGGUCAUGCUUUAUCACGUGUUUGCCACUUCCAACUAAAUGCCGGGUUGUUGGUUUUAGCUCUGGGUCUGCACUAGGAACUAAGUAUAACCAAUAAUGCCACAUUGGUGGAGCUAUGCAAAACUAUUCAACACUUGUCAGGAGUCCUAUGUUACAUUAUGACACAACCAGUUUUUAAACACCACAACAAUAUUGGUUCACGUGAGAAAGUUCCUCCCAUGGAUGAAUAAAGUAUGUCUUCUGUUUAAAAAGCUCAUAUUGUCAAUAUUCCAUGUGAUGAUAAUAAAAAUAUAAAUGAAAUGGUU